AUGUCAUACAAAGCACCAAGUGAUCGUGCUGCUACUGAUUCUUUGGAUGGACGUAGUAAUAAUAUAAAUGCUGGUAUUGAUUCAGGUUUUACAAAUAAUCAAUCUCAUCGUGGUUCAUUAACACCAUCGGAAUUAGAUGCAAUUCAUCAAACAAAUAGUUUUAUACAAGCCAAACAAUUAGAAGAAAAAGAUAAUCGUCAAUUAACUGAUAAAAUGAAAAAACAUGAACAAGCCAAAAAACAAAAUGAAUAA